AUGGAAGGUAAGUUGGAAUUUAUAGAAGCUACUUGGAGAAAGAUAAAAGCUUGGAUCUCUUGGGUGGGGUUAAAACUAAAAGAAGUGAGAACAUUAAGCAGAAGAGAUGUUUGGGUGUUGAAGGAACUUAACAUACCAGUCAAGCCGAUUAAGGAAAAAGGAAUUAAAGUAGUGAGAUGGCAACGACCUAUGCAGGGAUGGUAUAAACUCAAUACUGAUGGAUGUUGUCUAGGAAAUCCUGGCAUUUGUGGUGCAGGAUGUAUUAUUCGAAAUGAAAAGGGUGAUAUUGUUAUAGCCUUUACUAAGUAUCUUGGUGAGGGUACCAAUAAUGGUGCUGAACUACUUGUAUUAUUAUAUGGACUCCGACGUGCUAAAAGGAUGGGACUUAACCGACUUGAAGUGGAGCUCGACUCAUUGAUUAUCGUUAAUUGGCUAAAGAGGAAGGUUUGUGGUAUUCGGUACUUAGAGGAUUACUGGGAAGAAAUACAAUACCUAUUGUCUAUUAUCUCAUGUAGAGUUCAGCACAUACAUUGCGAGGGUAAUUUAGUAGCUAAUAUCCUGUCAAAACUGGGAGCGUCUAGUGUUUCACAUAUCUGGAUGGAUUCCAUUGCAAUCCCAUCAUCAGUUAGAGGAGCUUUACGAAUGGAUAAACUAGAUAUUUGA